AUGCGUUCAAUGAAUUGCACUACGAACAACACCAACGCUACCGGUCAAAACACUAACAAUAGUCUUGGCAGCAGUUUUAAUUCCAGUAAUUCUACUUCUUAUAGAUUCCAGACAUGUCUUGCCGACCAGAUCAUUUCUGAGGCGCAGACGUGGUCGCUUUCAUCCCUGUUCAACUUCUCGUGGGUCGUGUCCUACUUCAUCAUGGGUGCCUCCCGUAUGAUCCUCAAGUACGGUUGGUACCUGGCAACUUUAUCGCUUUUAAGGAUUCCGAAGUGGAUCUUCUUCAAGUUACACCAUGUUCAGUUCACUCUUUCCUUUUGGCUGAUCCUGUUUGCCCUGGCCAUCAUAGUCUGUGUGACCUAUACCAUCAUGAAGGAGAGAAUUCUAUCCCAGUACAAGAGGCUGACCCCGGAGUUCUUGCCGCUGGAAAAUACAGGUAAAUCUGGCUCCAGCGCCAGCAUCAAUGCAGCUUCCACACAGCCGGCCAACCCGUCGUCCACCACAGGAUCUCCUACCACGGGUGCAGGCUCGAACAUAGACUCAGAAAAGCAUCCAUUGAAAGAUAGCAACGAAAACGAAACUUUUCUUUCAUCUUACCUUGACCAGUUUCUAAGCGCCAUCAAAAUUUUUGGCUAUCUGGAAAAACCAGUUUUCCACGACCUGACCAAGAAUAUGAAGACCCAAAAAAUGGAUGAGGGUGAGAUUCUACUGUUGGAUAGUACGAUUGGGUUUGCCAUCGUCGUUGAAGGUACCCUGCAGUUAUAUCACGAAGUAGAUCAUUCAGAAAAGGACCACGGCGACGAAACUGACCAUAGUGACACGGAUGGUCUUGAUGAUGAGGAUAAAGUUGAGGAAGAAGAAGAUGAUGAUGAUGACGUUGAUGACUACGACAUCAAGUCUUGCUCUUCCAACCCCAUCGAUGAAGAAGAUGAAUCCGUUGGUUACAUUCGCUUGAAGAAUGGGCUGGGAAAGUUUCAAUUGCUAAAUACAGUCAAAUCAGGGAACCCAUUGACUUCGCUUGUGAGCAUUUUAAACUUGUUCACGCAUUCAAUGUCCUCGGAUAGCAACAGUAACUUUCCGUCUGAGUUAUCGUCGCCUGUAGACACCACUGUCUCGGCCAAAAAUUUAUUUUACUCAUCAGAGCAGAACUUCUCCACCCCAGAUUCCACGACAAAUUCCAGUAACGGUCUUCCAGCGUUUCCCUCUUCUAUGCCUAAACUUGUCGCUCGUGCGGCUACGGAUUGUACGAUAGGUAUCAUUCCACCUCAAUCGUUUGCUAAAUUGACCGCAAAAUACCCACGGUCUGCUUCCCAUAUCAUCCAGAUGGUUCUCACCAAGCUGUAUCAUGUCACAUUCCAAACCGCUCAUGACUAUUUAGGUUUAACAAAGGAGAUUAUGGAUAUCGAGGUUUUACUAAAUAAAUCCAUCGUUUAUGAAUUACCAUAUUAUUUGAAGGAAGCUGUUAUCCGUAAGUUUAAAACUGCAGAUAAGACUAAUGGAUCGGCUGACUUAAAUUCGAGGCCCAAAAAAAAUAAAGCUUCCUCUGAAUUAAAGAAAACGCCCAAGGUGAAACCAUCAGAUGAUAUCAUUCAAUCGCUCAAGAUUGCUAACGCCAACGCCAACGCCAAUACAAGUUCAAGUUCCCUUUUACUAAAACCUGAAUUUACCCACCAUCCAAGUUCAAGACAUGUCGUUCUGGGUUCAAGAGACCAAUUUAAUCCUGGUGAUUUACUGUCGAAUGUCCCACUGUCUAGAACCAUGGAUAUUAUGUCGCCUAAUCCAAUUCAUAAUAACAACCGCACUAAACUAAACGGUAUCAACAGUUCCGUCUCAAACCAACACAAGCGAUCUUCUAGGAGUAGCAGUAACAAUGCUUCCGUACACUCCAAGAAGUUUUCUUCUUUGUCCCCAGAAUUGCGCAACGCACAAUUGAGCACAUCGCCAUUGUCUUUGGAUAAUACUUCUACUCAUGAUUAUUUGCACCCAAGUCCAGUCCAUUUGAAGGGACGGGUCUCUCCAAGACCUAAUUUACUACCAACAACAUCCUUUUCCGCUGCUCAGGAAGAAACUGAGGAUUCUGCUUUAAGAAUGGCUUUGGUUGAGGCCAUGUUAACAUACUUGGGAGUGAACAAAAGCAAUAUGUCCAUUUCAUCUUCUUUGGCAACAAAUAUGUCUUCUUUGAAUUCUCCUCAACUCACUGGAAUGUAUAAUCGCCGUCCAAGUAGUGCAAGUUUCUUGACGGCCCCUAAUUAUACACCAUCUGACAUUUCGGUUGCUACAUCAUUUGCCUCUCCCCAAACUCAACCGACAAUGUUAAGAAUCCUACCUAAGGAAUAUACUAUCUCCAAUAAAAGACGUAGCAACAAUAAAAACCAGGAGAAAAAAAAAACUAGAGCUUACAAAGAAGAAUUGACACCAAAUUUGGAUUUCGAAGAUGUUAAAAAGGACUUUGCACAAGGUAUCCAAUUGAAAUUUUUCAAAAAGGGCACCACCAUGGUUGAGCAAAACGCUCGCGGUAAAGGCCUAUUCUACAUCAUUUCCGGAAAGGUUAAUGUGACAACAAAUUCUUCCUCGUCUGUGGUAUCAUCAAUGUCUAAACCAGAACAGGGUUCCCCUCAGACUACACGCAAGGGUGAAACCCCCCAUCAUUCUCAACAUUUAUUGUAUUCGGUCGGAUCUGGUGGUAUUGUGGGCUAUUUGUCAUCUCUAAUUGGCUACAAAUCAUUUGUUAAUCUCGUUGCCAAGACUGAUGUUUAUGCUGGAUUUUUAUCUAGUGAAACCUUAGAAAGAUUGUUUGAUAAAUAUUUCUUAAUCUACUUGCGGAUUUCUGAUUCACUAACCAAAUUACUAUCCUCAAGGUUAUUAAAGCUAGACCAUGCUUUAGAGUGGGUUCAUUUGAGGGCUUCCGAGACGCUGUUUUCACAGGGGGACUCAGCUAAUGGUAUUUAUGUUGUUCUAAAUGGUAGACUAAGACAGCUACAACAACAGUCGUUCUCAAACCUUAAUACAAAUUCUGAAGAAGCUGAAACUCAGAAUAUUAUCCUAGGAGAACUGGCCCAAGGGGAGAGCUUCGGUGAAGUUGAAGUGCUUACUGCUAUGAAUAGAUAUUCUACGAUAGUGGCCGUGAGAGAUUCUGAAUUAGCGAGAAUUCCAAGAACAUUGUUCGAACUGUUAGCGCUUGAACAUCCAUCUAUUAUGAUUAGGGUUUCCAGAUUAGUCGCUAAAAAAAUUGUUGGAGAUAAAACUGUUCCAGCGUUGACAGGCGAUCCAUUAUCUAUAAAGGAAAACGACUUUAGUUCUUUAAUUCCUCCAACGAAAGCGUCCUACUCUAGUUCUUUAAGCCAUAAACCCCAAAAUAUUACUUCCGGGACUAUUACGUUUAGAACCAUCACUAUUUUACCAAUUACCAGUGGGCUACCUGUUGAAGCAUUUGCUAUGAAGUUAGUUCAAGCUUUCAAACAAGUAGGAAGAACUACCAUCGGAUUAAAUCAAAGAACUACUUUAACGCAUUUGGGUCGUCAUGCAUUUGACAGGUUGUCCAAACUAAAACAAAGUGGUUAUUUUGCUGAACUAGAAGAAAUGUACCAGACUGUUGUUUAUAUAUCAGAUACACCAGUUAAGUCUAACUGGACAAGAACCUGUAUCGCACAAGGUGAUUGUAUUCUCUUACUAGCGGAUGCUAGAUCCCCAUCAGCCGAUAUAGGAGAAUAUGAAAAACUGUUACUAAAUUCAAAGACUACUGCAAGGACCGAGUUAAUCCUUCUCCACCCUGAAAGGUAUGUAGAACCUGGUUUAACUCAUAAAUGGUUACGCUAUAGGCCAUGGGUUCAUUCACAUCAUCAUAUUCAAUUUAGUUUGACAGGAACAACAUUGAUGAACGAGGGCAAAAUGCACGUUUUAAAUAACGGUGCCUUGGCAUUAAUGGAUAAAUUGAUUCAAACAGAAUUCAGUAGGAAAACUCAACAGAAUAUAUCAAAACUACUUCCAGAUUCUAUCAAGAACACGGUGGAGAACUUUUCCACAAGGUUCAUGAAGAGCAAAAGACAAUAUUACACGCCAGUUCAUCGGCACAAAAAUGAUUUUCUAAGAUUGGCUAGAAUUCUUUCCGGACAAGCUAUCGGACUUGUUCUUGGGGGAGGUGGUGCCAGAGGCAUUAGUCAUUUGGGUGUCAUUCAGGCUAUUGAAGAGCAAGGUAUUCCUGUUGACGUUAUUGGCGGAACGUCGAUUGGUUCUUUUGUCGGUGGAUUGUACGCGAAGGAUUAUGAUUUGGUGCCAAUUUAUGGGCGCGUGAAGAAGUUUGCUGGUCGAAUUUCCUCUAUAUGGAGAAUGUUAACAGACUUAACCUGGCCGGUUACUUCAUAUACUACUGGUCACGAAUUUAAUAGAGGUAUUUGGAAAACUUUCGGGGAUACAAGAAUUGAAGACUUCUGGAUCCAGUACUACUGUAACUCUACUAAUAUAACCGAUUCAGUUCAAGAAAUACACUCCUUUGGGUACGCGUGGAGAUACAUCAGAGCUUCGAUGUCCCUUGCUGGUCUUUUACCUCCUUUAGAAGAGAAUGGUUCUAUGUUACUCGAUGGUGGUUAUGUCGAUAACUUACCUGUUACUGAAAUGAGAGCACGUGGUUGUCAAACUAUAUUUGCUGUAGAUGUAGGUUCUGCAGAUGAUAGAACCCCUAUGGAAUAUGGUGAUUCCUUGAAUGGGUUUUGGAUCAUUUUCAAUAGAUGGAAUCCAUUCUCUUCUCACCCAAAUAUACCCAAUAUGGCUGAAAUUCAAGUGAGAUUGGGUUACGUCGCGUCAGUAAAUGCUUUAGAGAAGGCAAAAAAUACACCAGGUGUUGUUUACGUUAGACCACCGAUUGAAGAAUAUGCUACCCUAGACUUCAGUAAAUUCGAAGAGAUUUAUCAUGUGGGUGUAGACUACGGCCGUAUCUUUCUACAGGGGCUAAUUGACGACGACAAGAUGCCAUAUAUACCUGGUUCACAAGAAAGCACUUUGAAUUCUCAAGUUCCUGAGUUUCUAUUACAUAGAAGAAAUAGUAUUUGA